UAUCCUCUUAAAGUUUGCAUCUGUAUCUUUUUGCAUUGUUAUGCUCUCAGUUCUUUGUGUCUGGAAAAUAAGAAGAAUAAAUACUGGUGUCCUUCUCCCUGUCAGAUUGUCAGAUUAUUUAGUGAGAUUUAAAUAUUUUAUUCGAGAGAGGAAUUCGAUGGAAGUACUGCUACAAUUCUUUUCCUACAGAGGAUUAUCGUCAUAAAAAAUGAAUGGUUUAGAUAACUCAACUUUGGAUAUCACAGAUAGUGAGUAUGUCUCGGAGAACGCCACGAGUACAGUAAGGCCGUGUUGGGUAUUAAACGAGACCCUCACAUCGGCUAAUUGCACGGAUGUGGAGUCCGAUUCUGACUCUUCUUUUGAUGGCGAAGACUGGAAAAAUCCAUUCCAUAUUCCACAUAUAAGGGCAUUGUUCAUCACUGCAUAUUCCAUAGUUUUUGGCGUUUGCUUAUUAGGGAAUGCCGCUGUAAUAUACGUGAUCCUCCGGAGCCGGCGGAUGCGAUCCAUCACAAACUUCUUUCUCGCCAACCUUGCAUUUGCCGACUUCUGUGUAGGAAUUUUCUGUGUUUUGCCAACUUUGACGAUUUAUCUGGAUACAGUUUGGACUUUAGGUCGGGUGAUGUGUAAACUAAACUACUUUGUGCAGCAAAUGGCGUUUGUUGCCUCCGUCACUAUCCUGACCGUCAUUGCCAUUGAACGUUACGUAGCAAUAGUCUACCCGAUGAAGAGCAAGCAACUUACCACCCGGAGACGCCUCAUAUUUUUCAUCGUUCUUAUAUGGAGUAUAGCCAUUUUCUACAAUGUAAUACAAUUAUUUGCUUUCGAUACAACGGCGACUGAAUUUGAUGGCGUCCGAUUUGAAUUUUGUGUCAUGAUUAUGAAAAUAGACCGACAGACGUAUUACACGAUUAAUUUUAUCAUGUGGUACUUUGUUCCUUUGCUUCUCAUGACGUUCAUUUAUACUAAAAUUGGGGUUGUGUUAUGGAAGAGUACCAUGUUAACGACAUCGGUGGGUAAAGCCUCGCUCAAGGAAAUUCAAGGAGGUCCAUCUAUAGUACGGACGCGUUUUUCCGGCCGGAAAAAUCGUACAAGUAGCAAUGUACCAGGAGAUGGGUUGCAAAUGUCCAACUAUAUAAACCCUGACGAUCCGACCUUUGCUUCAACAGCUGCCCCUUCGAAUCAAAUGAUGAUCAAAAAUGGAAGCCCACGAUCUAAUCUCCUUGAAAUUCCACUUAAUUCUAAGGAACAUGGGUCGCAGACCCGGGGCGCUGGGCACAACCUACAGCCCCUCCAGGGAGUAACCAGUGUAGAUUCCGGUAAUCGCCCGGAGGACGAACUCACGACCGACACGUCUUCCACUGACCCGGUCUGCCUCGGGGGCAGGAAGCGCGGACGCAACAAUUACCGGAGAAGAAUUCAGGAUAUUGCUCAGAAAAGUAAAGUAGGGGGAGCUGAUAAUGUUUUGAAGUCUAGGCGGAAGGUUGUGAGGCUUUUAGUUUUGAUUGUUGGUUCGUUUGCCGCCUGUACACUGCCCUUUCAAGUCCGAGUGCUCAUAGUAGCUUGGGGAGGAAACGUGCCUUCGAUUCUGGUUCCCAUUACCAUGCUUCUAAUGUUCUUUAAUAGUGGACUGAACCCGAUUUUGUAUGCAUUUUUUUCUGAGAAUUUCCGACGGGCGAUGAAGGAGGUUUUUGUUUGUCGGUUGGUUAGUCACCGUCAGUCUGUGAGGAGGGACGCUCUAACCUCGCGGACGUCGGCAGUGUCGCACACCAAUGUAUAGAAUACGAUCUCACAUUUAUACGGUGGAUAGGUUGAAGAGAUACCGUGGUGUUUAUAAAAGUCCGUCACAUCAUAUAUCAUUUCGAAGACCCACGAGAGAAAUGCAUGUGGUUUGAAACGUUGUGAUUCAAAAAUUGCACCAAUUUUAAGGAAUUGCUGUCGCUCCAGUGUCUUACGGGAUAACAAAAUAGGCAUGUGUGGAUGAUGUAUGCUAUUUAAUGCAAGAUCAUUUUAUUUCUGAAUCUCUUUGAGAUAUGAAAUGAUCGUGUUAUUUGUGGAUCAGGUGAAAAUAUGGUUUAUCGGUCUAUAAACCAACCAAUUAGGAUAUCAUUUAACUUGGCAAAUAUAUCCUUCAUCAUAAUAGCUAUCAUCAGGGAACAUUGAUCCAUUCCUUUCUUAGUCUCAAAUUUCUGCAAGAACGAGGAUGAAGAACCGCAUCGGUAUGAAAAUAAGAUAAAAUGCCUGUAACCUUAAUCAUCAACUUCCUGAACUAUAUCAGUAUGACAUAUGACAUUCCUCAUCAUUGCGUCGAAGAGAAAGCUGUCAAGA